AUGGAGUUGCAUCGCUGUCGCUUCGUUCCUUACAACCCACAAGCUAUCAAUGCACUCGAAUUCUCGCAUCCGCCAUCGCCAAAGGCUGCCGGACAAGGUGCGCACACGCUCCGACUCGCUGUUGGUCGCGCCAACGGUGACAUCGAGAUCUGGAAUCCGCUUCGGGGUGCUUGGUUCCAAGAGACGAUUAUCCGAGGUGGAAAGGGCCGCAGCAUCGAAGGCCUUGCCUGGACACUUGAUCCGAUUGAGGAACCUGCUGAUGGAAGCGGACUGAGGGUCCCCGGUCGACUGCGACUUUUCAGCAUUGGAUAUACAAACACUGUUACCGAGUGGGAUCUGGAAAAGGGAGUCCCCGCGCGUCACUCGAGUGGCAGCUAUGGAGAGAUUUGGUGUUUGACAGCCCAGCCGAGAUGGACGCCAGAAAACAAUAACAAGCAGAAUGCGAGCGACGGCGAGUACACCGGGCAGCAUCUGGCUAUUGGUUGCGCCGAUGGGUCCAUUGUUAUUUUGUCUACGGCCGAUAACGACUUGAGAUUUGUUCGCCGCUUGCAAGCAACGACAACGAAAAACGUGCGAGUGCUCAGCAUUACUUUCCAGAACCGAAACAUUCUCGUGGCGGGCUACGCAGACAGUUCCAUCAGACUGUUUGACAUCCGGAGCGGGCGUCUUUUGCGAACAAUAUCCCUGGGUAGAGGCCCCGCUGGCGGACCCAAGGAGAUUCUGGUAUGGAGCAUCAAAACACUGCCGGACGGGACUUUGGUGUCGGGUGAUUCCACGGGCGAAAUUCGAUUCUGGGACGCGAAAAACUACUCGUUAAUCCAGAGACUGCACAGCCACAAGGCAGAUGUGCUCGAUGUCGCCGUCAGUAUCGAUGGAGAGUCGGUCAUUAGUGGUGGAACAGAUCGCAAGACCGUUUUGUAUCGAUUGAAGCCGGGCAAGAAAAAUGAUAAGUCACGCCGGUGGGCCGAAGUGAUGCACCGACGUUAUCAUACGCAUGACGUGAAGAAGUUUGCCGUUUAUGAGUCGAAAGAUAUAAGCAUUGCGGUGUCGGGAGGACCCGGCGCAACCCUUGUCGUCUUGCCGCUACGUGAAUUCGGUAAAGAACACCACCGAACGCUAUCCAACCUUCCUCAAAUCUCCCAGCUUGCUUCUUCCUCCUCAGCGAGGUAUCUUAUGAGCUACUGGGAAAGAGAAGCAAGAAUCUGGCGAAUUGCACAAGAGCCGGGAACAAGUGUAGAGAACCAAAGAAACCAAUUGGUGGGCAGGGUGCUAAUUCCGGGCGAGGACAAUAUUACAUCAGCUGCACUUUCUUCUGACGGAAGUGUACUAGUUAUUUCUACGAUGAACGACCUUCGGAUAUUCAAUCUAAGUCCAGGGGACGACGAGGAUAAUACACUCCUUAUAGAAGACUUGGAUGUUCCUCAGUCAGUCUCAAAUGGUGGUGCCCGGGUUGUCUCCUUAUCUCCUGACCGCCGAUGGCUUUCUAUUAUUCGACCCAAUAACGACAUAUAUCUCGCAAAAUUGUCACCUCCAAGCUCCCCUGAUGAGACAUUGCGCAUUCAUCCUACUUUGUUACGCGUUCAGCGAUCUUCUGGCAAGGCACCCAGUUUGCGCGGAGUAACCCAAGGCACACUUGGAAGUUACGACCGAACAAUACGCAGUGUUACUUUCUCUAGCAAUGGCAAGCUGUUGGCAACGGGAGACUUGUCGGGAUUUGUGGACUGUUGGAUUCUCGAGAAGGCCCCUGAACAGCAGCUGGCAUCAGCCAAGAAAGCUUCAAAUGGAGCAGUGUCGUUAGACGAUGAGUCGUCCGACGAGGAGGACGACAAUGAAACCGAGAUUGAUGGUCAGCAUUGGAAGCGUCUGCCACCGAUGCCCUCGCUCCGUUCUGGCAUUGCAUUUAUGUCGUUCCGCCCAGAGACCGCUGUUGACUCUCACAAAUCCGCACCUGUUGAAGACCGCCUGGUCGUCGUCACAAGCACUCAUGAACUAGUGGAAUACGAGACACUCAAGGGAAAAUUCUCUGAAUGGUCUCAGCAGAACCCCAAGUCGCACUUGCCCGAAGACUUUACUUAUCUAAAGGACCGUGUGAUGGGAGGUUUCUGCGAUGUAUUCCAAGGCUCAACCAAGCUACUUUUAUACGGACCGGCAUGGAUGUGGAUUUUCGAUUUGACACGUAAUAUGCCAUCGCCCAAAGCCGCCGCUGACGCCGCCUCAACAGAGCUUGUCAAGGCCUCGGGACCACAGAAGCGAAAACGAAACGCCGUGGAUGAGAGCAAGGAAGAGCUAAUGAAAUACAACAGUGGAGCAGGAAGUCUGAUUCCUGCGUCUCAAGCAACUGUCUCCAUGGGCACAAAAAUCCGCAAAAUCGAAGGUAAAAACCUGAACGAUGCGGAAUGGGUGGACGUCGAGAAACAUCGACACCAACGACAGAACGACGACGACGACGUGGAUGGAACUGAGACUGGGAACCCAUUCUUACCGACCCGUGAGGCUGACUUUGCCCAUCUUCGCCGGGAAAUAGCGGACGAUGAAGGGUCGGCCAAGGCAUUGUUGACCAAUGGCGACGAGGCUGGCAAGAGCUUGACAAACGGAGCUAGCCUUGCCGUUGUCGUGAGCAACGAUACCAAUACCGACGGAGAGAGCGAUGGGAAGGAACUGGUAUCACAAAAGGAGGCUCCUCCGAUGUUUUGGCACUCGCACAGGUUCCGUGACAUCUUGGGUGUUGUUCCACUUGGUUCUCAAGGCGGCGUUCUCGCUAAAGAGGCCGUCGAACUGGCUGUUGUGGAACGGCCCAUGUGGGAUCUCGACCUGGGCGACCGAUAUGUCAAGGAUUACGAGUAG